AUGAAUUCGUUGAAAUUAAUAGUAAAUUCCUGGGAUUCAUUGUACCCACCCAUAGGGCGAAGAGAAGAAAGAUUGAGCUCGAAAGAAGAAGCUGACUUGGACGAAAAGCUGAGACUACUUGAUCAGGAAUUGAGGACGUCAAUAGAUCAAGAACAACAAGUACAACCUGACAUCCAAUUUCAGGCGCCACCAGAGGACAACGGAGACGAAUGGGAAGUAGAUGAGACAAAAGAGAGCCGACAAACGGAUUCGCCCGAAGUGGAAGGGGAUUCCUCUUCGGUGCUUUCGUACCUCUUGUUUCUACCCAACUAUCUUGUGAUAAAGCCUUUGACUUUCGUGUGGCUAUUAUUGACUUAUCCAUUCACGAAUUUUUUCCAAUCAACGACAACCAACACCACGACGUCUGCAUCUGCGAUAAACUCAGAAGGAGGCGAGGCGAUUGAUGGUUCGUCCGAGUUGACAGGAGCUUCUGAGGAUUCCGUUACUGGACAAGUUCCACCAGAAUCUGGCGGAGGUGCCGCCACCAGAGGAGGCGCUUCGGACGAUGACGAAACUCCAGCUCCUGAGACCCCUAAGAUAGAAAUCUUAAAACAGGAAAACAUUAUAUCAAAUACCAUCAAAUCCCCUUCAGCAUCGUCAAAAUACCUUAUUCCUCCACCACAGAGGUUGGUUCCAUUAUCCAGAAACCCACAAAGGAAGAGAAGAAGAAAGACGUUGAUACUUGAUUUGGAUGAAACCUUGAUCCAUUCUUUAUCAAGAGGCUCACCAAGAUCAUUUAGUUCCAGUGGUUCAUCUAACAUGAUCGAAAUCAAGUUGAAUAACAUUGCAAGCUUGUAUUAUGUAUACAAGAGACCAUACUGCGACUAUUUCCUUAAAGAGGCGGCAAAAUGGUUUGAACUUCAAAUAUUUACUGCUAGUGUCAAAGAAUAUGCUGAUCCGAUAAUAAAUUGGCUAGAAAGCGAGAUUGCUCCGUAUGUGAACAAGCAAGAGCAACAGCAGCUGGCCAAAGGGGGAAAGCAUUCCUAUACUCCACAACAAUCAGUCUUCACGAAGAGAUAUUAUAGGACGGAUUGCAGCUAUAGACCAGGAGUGGGGUAUAUCAAGGAUUUAUCUAAGUUUUUCCCACGUGAGGAAGAUUUAAAGAAUGUAAUCAUUUUAGAUAACUCACCUGUGAGUUAUGCCUUACAUGAAGACAAUGCGGUUAUGAUAGAGGGGUGGAUUAACGACCAGGGUGAUAGGGAUCUUUUAAAUUUACUUCCAAUGUUACAUAGCUUGAGCUUAUGCAUUGAUGUGAGGUAUAUACUAGGGCUCCGUGGCGGUGAGAAGGUUUUCGAAGGCUAG